AUGGAAGAGGAAAAAGAGUUCCCAAGCAGCGAUGAACUCGUGGUUGCAGAAACGCUUCUCCUACUUGGCGUCAUGCCUCCAUCUCCGUGUCUUUCGAGCAAGAGCAAACGCGAGAGUUCGAAGAGCUUGGCGUUGAGUAGUCUGAACUGCAAUUCGGUUUCCAACUCGAAAUCGAAUUCGAAGUCGUGUGCUUCUAUUUCGUCUGCUGUGACUUGGGAUGAUGAUCUCGCAUCUGCAGAGACUCAGUCGCACUCGUGCCGGAUGACGCUUCAGCUGAUUCACAAUUUGAAGGUGGUUCGGAAGAAAAGGUCUCUGACUUUCUGCAUUUCUGAUGGCGAGAAAAGCCGCUCAGCACAGCCUGGAAAGGAGACUUCAGUAACUAUAGCUUCUGCUUCUUCCUGUCUGUCCAAUGACUCUACAUCCAGCACCAUUUCCAGCGCAGGAAGCCAAGGCAUCGCCAGAAUGGGUAAGCGGGAGAGAAUGAAAGCGGUGGCGGAGGUGUUGAAACCGAAGAAGAAGCCGCAGGGGUCGACUCACAUACGGCGCCGUGCAGAGGCUAUCAUUAACAUCUUGUCUUAUGGCACUGCUUCUGAAGUCAGGAUUCGCCAGCUGCUGGGUGAUAGCCCUGACACCAGCAAAGCCUUGAGACUGUGA